UAGAGGCCGUAGAGACUAGCGGUGUCAAUUCAUUGCGCGAAGAUUGAGCGACGCUGGAGUAGAAGGCAACAGAACGUUUCGGCCAUGGACUACGGAUACUUGAACCAGGCUGCUGCGGCCAGCGCCGCGUUCGAGCCGUGCAUGGAAUCGGCAGCGUGCCAACUCUCGUGCUCCUACGCGGAGCUUGGUCCUCCGACAGCCGCCUACCACCGCUACUCGGCGCCCGUGCCAAGGUCCUUCUCGGCGCCGCCGUCCGCGUCGGCCCCGACCUGCGGCGCGGCGGGACUCAUCGCGCGAGGCGUGAGACCCGAGCCGCCGCCUCCACCGCCUCCACCGCCACCUCAGCAACCGCAACACCACCCGACGCCGGUCUUCCCGGCUAUACAGAAAGCUGACGCAUGGGCGCGGGCUGAGCGGUUGCCGGAGUGGAGUCCCGAGCGUGAACGCAGUGCGGCGGCUGCGGCGGCGAGACAAGUAUCCUGGUUCGGACAAAGUGCGAUUCCCUACAAGGUGUACACGGCGGCGGCUGCUGCGGCUGCGGCGGCGCACGAGGGCGUUCUGACGGAGAAGCGCAAACAGCGUCGCAUCCGCACCACGUUCACGUCGGCGCAGCUCAAGGAGCUCGAGAGGGCCUUCCAGGAGACGCACUACCCGGACAUCUACACGCGCGAGGAGAUCGCCAUGAAGACCGACCUCACCGAGGCCAGAGUACAGGUGUGGUUCCAAAACCGGAGAGCCAAGUUCCGCAAGCAGGAGAGGCUGAACCAGCAGAAGCAGUCGGCGUCCUCCUCGAGCUCGGGCUCGGACGCCGGUCUCACCACGUCACCCAUCAGCACCACGGCAGACUCGACGACGCACACCUCCAGUGCCAAGGACUCCAAGGACGUCAAGGUUAUGCUGCAGUCGCAAGACGUCAAGCACCUCAACGGCAAAGUCGUGGCCGCGGACAGCCCGUGCAGCCAGCAGCAGCCCCACAUGUCGCCGCCCAAGUGGAGCUCGAGCCCGUGUGGCCAGCCUUCGUGCCUCGGCCCUUACCCUUACGGCUCCGGCCUGACGGGCGUCGACACCAAGCCCAGCUUGUCUCCGCAGAUCUUCUGAAACUAGGUGGCGUGGCAGGAUCGUGUGUGCGCGCCGCCACCGCCACCAUCCCCGACUUUCACACAAACUUUGACAGUUGCCAUCCGACACGACCAAAUGGGAUUGCAGGUAGAUAACAUCAAGUGGGAUAGGACCUGGAGUGUUGUCGUCGCCUUCUUCUACUGCAAAGGAACAGCCGAAUGAUAUGGGCCUACAGGUCAGGAGCGUUUGCAAGUAAACAGCCGCAACCGCGAAGUUGGGCAGACCCGGAAAUCGGCGAGGGCCAAAGAAGGACCGACGUUCAAAGCUCAGUGGAGGUACCCUGGAAACUCCUUGGUAACUUUAUGCGUCCCAAGCUUCGUGAGCGAACAAGCAAACGGCUGCGGCCGAUUCACAAUCUCGUAGAUGAAAACACCGAUUCAGUGCAUUCUAAUGAAACGUGUGUCAGACUGCGUGAGUGUGUACGUGUGAGACGUGUGUUAGUCACUGUGUGCUCCAGCGACAACGUCCUUUUGUCCAUCCAGCGAGGAAAAAAGCAAAACAAAAACAGCCCUGAACUGCGUUUCAGCAGAGAAAGGUGUAGUUCGUUCAUUUUGUGAUCUUUCGCAUUCGAUUCGCUUCAUUUCCGGCGUUGUUUUUUGCUUCACACGUGACUUUCGGUGCCAGGUGGAGACGAAAGAAAGAAAGUGUACUGUCCGACGCGGAGCAAGCGCCAUCGCAAAAAUCGCGGAUGUGAAGAACGCUGUGUCUACGGCUUCAGUUAUCUUGUGCUCUUCCGGCCGUUAAGAACUAUCGCAAGAAACUUUUGUUUGUGUUUGCACAUUUGGCAAUAUUAUUUCUUAUAGAGAAAGCGCCGACCUAUUGUAUCUUACGCUUCUGGUCUUACGUACAGAAGGAGCUCUGCGUCAGAUAUUCCUAGUCAUGUUCUGCAUUAAAUAUAUUGCUUCUGAGAAUUAUUUAUUACGACUUACAUGGCGUGCUUCACAAAAAUGUUUGUAAAAUAACUAUUCAAUUUUGAGCUGUAUAAGCCCA